UCUACGUCCACCACUGCCCGUCUCCGUCAAGGCUCCCGCCCGGGCUUUCCUUUACGACCUUGCACGAUCUUCCACGACGUUCACAACUCGCUUUUUAUCUUUCCGACCCGCCUCAAGCCCACCACGAAUCUCGUCUUCACGACCCCUCUCCCGCUUCCGUCUUCACGCUUGAGAUCUGCACAUUCUAUACGCUCCCUUCUCCCACUUUGAAUCAUGGAUAGCUGGAGAGUAGCCGUUCUUGGUGAUGGUGGUGUAGGAAAGACUGCACUGGCUGUACAAUUUACGCUCAAUUGCUUUGUUGAGACUUACGACCCCACGAUAGAAGACGCAUACCGCAAGCAACUCGUAGUCGACAAUCGCAUGUGUUUCGUGGAGGUGAUCGAUACCUCGGGCCAAGAGGAGUACGCGACGCUUCGUGAUCAAUGGGUCAGGGAAGGCCAGGGCUUUAUCCUGGUGUACUCCAUCGCGUCCAGGGCGACGUUCGAGCGACUCGACGUCUUCCGGCAGGCCAUGUUGAAGGUCAAGCGUCAGAAGCCGGUCUUCAUGCUUGUCGGCAACAAAUGCGACAAACAGUUCGAGCGGGAGGUGUCGAGAGAGGAGGGUGCGGCGCUGGCGCGGCAGUUCGGCUGCGAGUUCCUAGAGACAUCAGCAAAAACGGCGCACAACGUGGAACGCCUCUUCAUGAACCUCGUCCGGCUGCUCCGCUCGACGAAGCAGCAAGAACAAGGAGUACAAGGUCCCGUACGGUCACCGGAGAAGGAGAAGAAGCGCAAGUGUAUUAUCAUGUAGGGCACAUUCAGGACUAUAUAGAACUGACCCAUCUCUCCACCUACUUACCUCCUUUUAUGAUACCACGUCCUUCAUCUUCCUCUUCUGCUGGGUUUAUUACGUCUUCGGGCUCCGUUUUCGAGGGUCAUCUGCGCCCUCUGACGAUCUUCUCUGCUUUUCAAUGUACAUAUAUCCCCUCU